AUGGAACUGGACACCAGCACGCCGCAGAACCUCGACAUCACCUCCCACGAAGAGGACCCAGGGCCCGUUGCAGUUUCCGAAGGCGGCCACGAAGGCAUAGAUGAUCACGACGACGAUGAGGGCUUGGAAGAGCCGCAGGUGACCUUAUACGUCGCGGAGGAGCCAAAGGAACCAUCGGACUGGCAUCUCCUUCUCCCCCAACACUUCCCCGACAAAGCUGGCGGUGCCCCGGCCUGGCUUGAUCCUGUCAAUUUGCCGUCAGGCGAGUUGAGUAGAUGCGGCUUCUGUGGCGCCCCGCUGCGUUUCGUCCUCCAGCUCCAGGCGCCAAUUAAAUGGAAGGAGACAGCCUGCCACCGCACAUUCUUUGUGUUCAUGUGUCCAUCCAUGUCUUGCUUGAUGCAAGACCAGCAUGAGCAAGGGAAAGACAGGGCAGGAAUUGUUAGAAGUGUGAAGGUUUUCAGGUGCCAGCUGGCCAAGAAUAACCCAUUUUACCCGGUCGAAGAGCCUCGACCUGAGGACUGCGUUGAUCCUGAGGGCUGCGUUGUGGCACAACGUGCAGGAGGAUGGAGGCGGUGCUCGGGGGGAAAACCUGAUCGCCCCCGAGUCGCCUGCACGAGACGACGCGGGGUUACGCCUCCAGGUGCUUACGAGCGUCAGUUGUAUUCGACUGGGCCGCGUCCUCGGCUGUGUGAUUGGUGUGGCACAUGGAAAGGUGAAGAGAUUUGCAGCCACUGUUGCGAAGCAAGGUACUGUUCCAAGAAGCACCAGGAAUUGCAUUGGCAUGCUAGUCACAAGAAUGACUGCUGUCAAAUACCAGGUUCAUUCAAUGACUCUAAUCUGCCAGGUGCACGAAAAGUAUUUGCUGGCAGUUCAUGGCCUGAAUAUCUUAUAUUUGAUGAAGUGGAGACCCCUUAUUGUGGCGAAAACAGCUCAGAGCAGUUGGUGGAAGAAGGCGACGAACCAGAUGACAUAACACAAUUAUUGAUGGAUCAGUUUGAGGCUGAUGAUGACAAAACAUGCUGGGCAUCGUUCAUAGACCGUGUAGAAGGAACUCAUCAAGUAUUGAGGUACUGUGGGGAAGAAAAUGCAGAACCUCUUUGGGCAGAAUCAACGGGGUCUCUGACAAGUGCUGACAUUCCAUCAUGCAUCUAUUGUAAUGCCCCACUUGCCUAUGAAUUUCAGGUAAUGCCGCAACUACUCCAUUACUUCAAUGUGGAAAGUGACCAAGACCCUCUCGAUUGGACAACAAUUAUUGUGUACACAUGCCGAGAUUCGUGUGAUAAAAGUAUCAGCUACAAGGAGGAGUUUGUAUGGGUUCAGUUAUCAACCGAUACAAUAAGCACAUACCGAGCCAUUUCAACUCCAGCUGGUUUGUAGCACUUAAAAUACAACCUGUCAGUCUGUUAACAGUUGCAUAAAUGCGGUUGCAUGAUGGGUGUUCAGAAUAAAAGGCUGAGUUCUCCGAAUUAAUCCACGUCCUGGUUGGAAGCUCUGGUAGAACCUGUUUGGAAGUUUACUGUUUCGAAUUCAGGCUGCUCGAAUUGUCGUAGAUUGUAGACUAGUAGUCAUAACGUCUCAAACCAUAUGGUGUUCUGGGAAGACAAAGAAAAUUGCACUCAAUCCAAGCAGAAUAGUGUGGGCACUCUGGUUUUA